GAACAUCGAUCCAUUAGAUCAAUCCAACUGUCCCAGGAAUGGCGAGCCCCGAAGAAGCGAAGCUGGAACGAUUUCUCCAAUGGUUACAGUUGAAUGGAGUCGAACUACGUGGUUGCAAAAUCAAGUACUGUGAUUCGAAUAAAGGGUUUGGUAUCUUCUCAUCUGAUGACGUCUCUGAUGGGAUUCUGUUAGUGGUUCCACUAGAUUUAGCUAUAACUCCAAUGAGGGUACUCCAAGAUCCUAUACUGGGACCUGAAUGUGGAGCAUUGUUUGAGGAAGGGGAAGUAGAUGACCGGUUCUUGAUGAUUUUGUUUCUUACCGUGGAACGUCUAAGGAAGAAUUCUUCUUGGAAGCCGUAUCUUGAUAUGCUUCCAACCACAUUCGGAAAUCCUCUUUGGUUCACUGAUGAUGAGCUUUUGGAGCUAAAAGGGACUUCAUUGUAUCGGGCUACUGAGUUGCAGAAAAAAAGUUUGCAGUCUAUAUAUGAUGAUAAAGUGAAGAAUUUGGUGAAAAAGCUUUUGCUUCUUGAUGGGGAUUCGGAAAGUGAAGUGUGUUUUGAAGACUUCCUUUGGGCAAAUUCCAUAUUUUGGACUCGUGCUCUGAAUAUUCCUUUUCCACGUUCUUAUGUAUUUCCACAAAUUCAAAAAGAGCAAGAUAGCACCUCUUUGAGCUUGAGCAGAUAUUCUGGGGAAUCUACCAAUCAUAUUUCGAGUGAAGAGUUGGUUAACGGGAACAAUGGAAAAAGUGAGCCUUUUUUAGGACCAGAGAAUAUUGGGGUUGAAAGUCAAAUUACUGGAGUCGCAUCCACUUCACUACAAGGAGAGACUAUUUGGGUUGAGGGUCUUGUCCCCGGCAUUGACUUUUGCAACCAUGGUUUGAAGGCAGCUGCAACUUGGGAAGUUGAUGGAACAGGAUCAGUAACUGGACUUCCUUCCUCUAUGUACCUUCUAUCUGCUGAACAAAGUCCCUUCAAAACCGAGAAAGAGAUAUCCAUUAGUUACGGUAAUAAAGGAAAUGAGGAAUUGCUGUACCUAUAUGGAUUUGUCAUUGAUAAUAACCCAGAUGAUUAUCUCAUGGUUCAUUAUCCGGUAGAUGCUAUUCAGAGAGUUCCCUUUUCGGAGUCCAAAGUACAGCUUAUUGAAGCACAGAAAGCUGAGAUGAGGUGUCUUUUACCUAGAAGUUUGCUAGAUCAGGGUUUUUUCCCAGCAUCCACUCCACAGAAAGAAAACAAGGAUAAGUAUGGAAUCAGUCAGGUUUGCAACUAUAGUUGGAGUGGUCAACGCAAGAUGCCCUCUUACUUAAAUAAACUUGUUUUUCCCGAGGAUUUCUUAACUGCCUUGAGGACCAUAGCCAUGCAAGAAGACGAGUUAUAUCAGGUUUCAUCAUUACUUGAGGAGCUUGUUGGUGCUGGAGGGGAUAGGCAACCAUCAGAUGCAGAAGUUCGAGCUGCAAUAUGGGAGGCUUGUGGGGAUUCCGGAGCUUUGCAACUGCUCGUUGAUCUUCUUAAUACCAAGAUGAUGGAUCUCGAAGAGGGGUCUGGGGCAGAGGACUGUGACAUUGAACUACUUGAGAAGGCCUGCUGUGCCAAAAUUCCAAAAGACUGCAAGAGAGAGACAAAUGGUUCAGUUCAGCACGAGUUGUUGAGUAGAAAGAGGUGGUGUAGCAUAGUAUAUCGACAAGGGCAAAAGCGACUCACCCAUCUUUUCCUGAAGGAAGCAGAGAAUGCCUUGCAAUUAGCCUUGAGUGAGGGCAACUGAUCAUCUAUGGUAGGCUUGUUUUAUUUCAUGCAUAAGUUAUGCAGACUAGGAUUUUAUUUUAUCUUUUUGGUCGGUUUGUUGUUGAUAUAUAUAUAUUUGCCAUAUAUUUGUAGAAGUCGAAAUUUUCAAGGAUUCGAGUAGAAAGACAGUUAACAUUCAGUUCC